AUGGUUUACAGCAUUCUGGAACGGGAACCUACAGGAGGUUCCAAGUUUGAUGACAGUGAGGGCGGUCAUCUGGAAAGCAGCAACUGUUGUGUUGGUGCAGUAACUGCAGUGGCUGGUAGUGGAACCGAUUACCAACUCAUCAACCUCAACUGCAUGCUGGUAAAUGUGAUGGAUCUUCUCCGCAAGAAAUGCAGUAUCGACGACGAAGAUGUUUCGUUAGAUUUAGCAGAUGAGGAAGGAAUGUUGAAGUGCCUCCCAGACUACAAUGUCAGGGUAAAUACAAAACACUUGCUGAAACCGCGAUCUACCUAUGUCCCGAUCAAGAUGGAACGUGAUGAGAACGAUGUGGCCAAACCUUAUGAACCUUUUGUGAAGCAACUGAAGGAGAAUACUGAGUUUAUGAACACUCUCCUCGUUCAGUACCGUAAGAAAGAACUGCCAUUCCAAGGAAAGAAAGACAGGUCAGCUAGUCGGAAUCGGGCGACAUCGUCGUCGAGCUCUACACCUCGAGUGACGCCCAGCGCCUCGAAGAUGAAAAGCAAAAAGGGCGGCCCCCCGUCGAGAGCGGGAAAGGCUUCUAGAUAA